AUGAAGGCGGGAUGUUGGACGGGAGGGAAUGGUGCCACAAGAAUCGCACUUCCUCCUUUGACACAUAGGAGUCACGUUUGUUUGGUUCUUUACCACACCCAGGGAGUGAAAACCAUGGAAACCAUGCCUGCUAAUUCUGAUUCAUUCUUGAUUGGUUAUUCAGAUGUUGGUUCUCAUGACACCAAAGUUCUCAAGGAUUCUUUUUCACAGACCGGUGAAAAUUUAACUCCAUGUGCUAGGGACAAGUCAACUGCAACAAGUCCUAUAAAAUUCAUUUCUACACCAAUUGAGUUGAAAAGAAACCUUGCUACAUGCAUAGAUAUUGAUGAAAUGGAGAAUUUGUCUAAUUCUAAAAAUCCUAGACUGUCACCACCAGAUGAACAACCAACUCCUCUUUUGGUACCCAAGAAAGAAAAGUAA